AAAAUGCAGUUCACCAAAACAAUUACUUGAAUACACCUCUACUAUGAUGAACACGUUUUCACUUUGAGUUCAAAGUUAUUUUGAUAUUUUUUCUGGGGCUUGUCUAGCCCCCACACAAAAUUAGGGGUCUCUAACUGUAACCCUCUAGCGCCACCUACAGUUUAACUUUUCACUUAUGUUUUGUCUUAUACAUUUUUAACCAUAAGUAUUAGAAACAAUAUAAUUUUUUUCCUCCGAUUCCUUGGGUCAUUCUGAGUCCCAGUGGGUCGCAUCGUUUAAAACUCUUCCCAUUAGAUUUCAGAAAAACCUAAAAAUUUGACGCCAAGCACACCAGAAUGGACGGGAGGCUGUAUCUUCGCAACGCUUUAGCGUAUUGACACCUAAGGUAGUCUGGAUGAAGAUGUGUGAGUAAUGCUCUUGGAGACCCAGGGGACGCCAUGUCAGAAGAGGCAAUCUCAGGGAGCGACCUGGAGCACAGCCUUAAUAGCGAGGAGGAAGAGGAGAUGGAGGAGGAAGAGGAUGGAGAGAACGAUGGGGAUGAUGAGGAAGAUGCAGGCGAUCAUCUUGAGAACAUGGAUACUGAAGAUCAGAGAGAUCACAGCAGCCCCCCACCUACCUCACCAUCUAGAGACUCCACCCCUGACCCCUCAUCCCGACCCCCCUCCCAAUCCUCAUCAACCUCACGAACGUCAUCACGACCCGGCUCUCAACCUCCAUCCAGUCCGGACAGCCGCAGCAAUGCAUCAACCAAUGAAAACAUACUGAAGAUGUCCAAGUCCAAACCUGCUCACUUGAGGAGGAACAUCCGGAAGCUGCUUACGGAGCACCAGCUGGAGGCGGGAACCAAAGCCGCCCAGCAGGAGGAGCUUGAGAGACUUCGCCGUCUGGAGCAACAGCGGAAGGUCUUCCCCCUUCAUCCAGGUGAGUGUCAUUCGAGCUGCACCCUUCCUCUCGGCCUAGUGCCAGUUUUUAACAUUUAUAUAUUGAAUGUUCAUUCAUUGUAUAUCCAUGUGUGUGUGUGUAUGUUAGAUCUAGCUUCUGCAGUGCCAGGGCUCAAACAGGAAGUGAUCUGUCUGGAUAGCAGCGGUGAUGAGGGUGAGGCUAAAGAAGCCCCAUCCCCUCCAUUACCUUCCCUCAGAGAUGAUGUGAUUGAGUUGAGUUCGGGUGAUGAAGAUGCCCUGCGAAUCAGCAGUGAGGAAGACAAUGAAGAUCGCUCGGUCACACCCGGCACAGAUGAGAGUAGCGGCUCUCAUGUGAAUGACAUACUCAAUCAGCCAGACGCCCAGGGAAGGGUGCUGGUCAAUAUCAACCACCCUGGAGACGAGGAGGACCUGUACCUCACCCCACAACUCGGCCGUGCAGUCAAACCACACCAGAUUGGUGGUAUCCGUUUUCUGUAUGAUAACCUGGUGGAGUCUCUUGAGCGGUAUAAGAGCAGCAGUGGUUUUGGCUGUAUUCUGGCUCACAGCAUGGGCCUGGGAAAAACCCUGCAGGUCAUCUCCUUUAUCGACAUCCUGCUGCGGCACACUGGAGCCAAAACUGUCCUCGCCAUUGUACCUGUGAAUACACUACAGAACUGGUUAGCUGAGUUUAAUCUCUGGCUGCCUGCUGCUGAGUCCCUUCCCCCCGACACAGAUCCAUCCCAGGUUUUACCUCGCACCUUCAAGGUUCACAUCCUCAAUGAUGAGCACAAAACCACAGUGGCCCGGGCCAAGGUGGUGGAGGACUGGACUCGUGGUGGUGGCGUGCUGCUAAUGGGUUACGAGAUGUACCGCCUGCUGUCUCUCAAAAAGAGCUUUGUGACUGGCCGCAAGAGGAAGUCCAAGAAACCCGCUGGACCUGUUAUUAUUGACCUGGACGAAGAGGACCGACAGCAAGAGCUCAUGAAAGGGAUUGAGAGAGCGCUGUCUCGGCCCGGUCCGGAUGUCGUUAUAUGUGAUGAGGGUCACCGUAUUAAGAACUGCCACGCCAGCACCUCCCAGGCCCUGAAGAACAUCAGGUCACGCCGACGUGUGGUUUUGACCGGAUACCCGCUGCAAAACAACCUGAUCGAGUAUUGGUGCAUGGUGGAUUUUGUUCGACCCGAUUUCCUCGGUACGCGGCAGGAGUUUAGCAACAUGUUCGAGAGGCCCAUUCUGAAUGGACAGUGUAUAGACAGCACACCACAAGACGUUCGGCUCAUGAGAUACAGGAGUCACGUAUUGCACAGUCUGCUGGAGGGCUUUGUGCAGAGACGAGGUCAUGAUGUCCUACAAACGCAGCUGCCUGAGAAAGAGGAGCAUGUGAUCCUGGUACGACUGUCUCGCCUGCAAAGAGCGCUCUACACUGAGUUUAUGAACCGGUUUAGAGAAGCGGGAAACAGCGGGUGGCUCGGACUCAACCCACUCAAAGCUUUCUGUGUCUGCUGCAAGAUCUGGAAUCAUCCCGAUGUUUUGUACGAGGCUCUUCAGAAGGAGAAUCUGGCCAAUGAGCAGGAUCUGGAUCUGGAUGACCUCAACUCCACCAGCGGGACCCGCUGCUCUGCCCCGGGACUGAAGGGCAAAGCAUCUGACCCCGCCAACAGCAAGAUGGCCGUGGCUCCAAUGGGCCUGAAUCCCUUACAGGAGAGAGCCAACCAAGUCAUCACUUAUGAAUGGGCAAAAGACAUCAUGACCAACUACCAGACGGGUGUUUUGGAGAACUCUGCAAAGAUGGUUCUGUUAUUCCACCUUAUUGAUGAGAGUGUCAGCCGAGGAGAUAAAAUACUGGUUUUCAGUCAGAGUUUAUCCACACUUACUGUUAUCGAAGAUUUCCUAUGUCGGAGGCCCAUGCCAAUCCAAACAGAAACUGGGACACGCAACUGGGUCCGCAACAUCAAUUACUACAGGUUGGAUGGGAGCACAUCAGCUUCAGAGAGAGAAAGACUCAUUAACCAGUUUAACGACCCAGCAAACGACCAAACCUGGGUCUUUCUGCUGUCCACCAGGGCUGGCUGUUUGGGGGUGAAUCUGAUUGGGGCGAAUCGCGUCGUGGUUUUCGACGCCUCGUGGAACCCGUGUCACGACGCGCAGGCUGUUUGUCGCGUGUAUCGCUACGGGCAGCGCAAACCUUGUCACAUCUACAGGCUGGUGUGUGACUUCACACUGGAGAAGAAAAUCUAUGAUCGACAGGUGUCCAAGCAGGGCAUGUCCGAUCGGGUUGUAGACGAUUUGAACCCUGUUCUUAGCUUCACAAGGAAGGAGGUGGAGUCUCUGCUGCACUUUGUAGAGGAGGAGCCUGAUCCUAACCAGUCAGAGCUGGUCCCUAGUAUUGAAAUGGAAAUUGUCAUAAAACAAGCCUGUCUGCUUUUCCCACAUCUCUUAACCAAGCAACCGUUCCAUCAUGAGUCUCUUCUGAUGGACCGCAAGGAUUUGAAACUAACCAAAGCAGAAAAGCGAGCAGCCAAGAAAAGUUAUGAAGAUGAGAAGCGGGCAUCCGUGCCCUAUCAGCGGCCCUCUUAUGCACAUUAUUACCCAGCCAGUGACCAGAGUCUCACCAAUAUCCCUGCCUUCAGCCAGAGAAACUGGCGCCCCAGCCCUCAUUUAGAAGAGAAGCCAGUUGCAAGUGUCAGGCCGGUCCAGUCCACACCCAUUCCCAUGAUGCCACGGCAGAUACCCAUGGGCAUUCCCAGUUCAAGUGCCGGAUUCCCAGUCAACUACCUGCAAAAGGCUGGUGUCUAUGUACAACGAGUUGUCACCACCACAGAUAUUGUGAUCCCAGGGUCCAACAGCAGCACAGAUGUCCAGGCUCGUAUCGGUGCAGGAGAGAGUAUUCAUGUUAUCAGAGGAUCCAAAGGCACGUACAUAAGGACCAAUGAUGGAAGGAUAUUUGCCAUCCGCUCUGGAAAGCCAAGACCACCCGAUGGUGGUACCACAGCUUUAAGAGAGGACUCGGGUCCUGCCUUGCACUCUGUCAGUAAUGGUCGAGCAUCACCUCAGGAGCAAAAACGGUUAACCCCCGAAGCUCCGCCUCGCUCUUUGCCCCCAGACAGUCCCGAGCUGCUCCGACAGUUUCACACCAACAGGGACACCGUUCCUGCGGAAGACGACUUGAUUUCCUCUGGAGCAUCUGAACCCUCGGGAAUGGACAGACCUGCCCAGCACAAUCGCGUUUCCGAGCAGCACAGGCAGCUUGGCAAUGAUGGCAUCACAUCCCUGGACGUCCAAAGUUUGAAGCGGAAGCUUGCAGAAAGUCGGACAUCCAAACAAUCUAGCAGUAAACGGACCUCGACUUCUACCGGUGCUGCCGGGAGUUACCCAGGGUUUCCUUUAAGCAGCGGAUAUGGGUUUUCGCCCAUGGGGCUGAACCCCGCCCUUUUGGGUGCGCUUGGUCACUUGACUCCACCCACACUUGGAAGUAGGUCACAUCUCCUGCAGCAAGCCGGGCAGACACUAAGCGACUUAAACGCAGUGUUCCCCUCUGAGACUCUUGGAUUGAGAGCGUCCAACAGCUCUUUCGCCUCAGCUUGCUCCACCAACACCACCUCGACAACUCACGGCAGUAUGCUGGCAUCUUCAUCCUCCGUACCCUCUUCAUCAUCAUCUUCCUCUUCCUCAACUCUUCCACCCUUCAUGAUGAGCCCCGGAAUGGCGAGCAUGCUAUCCAGCUUCCCUGUACCGUUUUCCCAGCCUUUGUUCCCAAGUUCCUUUCACCCUAGAGGCCUGUCAUCAACGCCUACCCCUGCCUCAACUGCCUCCAAUUUUCUCUCGACCUCCGGCCUGUUAGGGGCAUCGUUCAGCCACUCUGAAAUGCACCCAUCCGCCGCUGAAAAUGGCGGGAGCAGCUCGGAUGAUGACGUCAUUGAGGUUAUGGGCCAGUGAGGGACUGUAAUUGGCUGCCUCUUCGAUUCCAUUGUUGCGAAAGGAAGAAACCUAGUGGAUGAAGCGGAAAUUAUUUAAAUCCAAAUGCUGAAUAUGCAUGGAAAGGGGAUAUAUUUUUUUCCUCUUAGUAAGGGACCAGAGGGCUAAUGUGAAGAGCCCUAGUUGUAUCUCUUUCGUGGGCCUGGAAAUGGACCUUAUGAACUUAUUCUGGAGAGAAUACUGAACAGAACUUAAUGUGAUUGUCUUUACGAACUGUUUGCAUUCGUAAGAGAUGACUUUAGAGAUACUUAGCUGUUUGCUAGACCUUGUAGCAUCACCUGGAAUGAUAAAAAAAAAAAAGAAACGUUUUUUAUUAUAAUUGUAAUUACUACUAUUACUUUCUGUAAAUGGUGGUUCUACAUGAAUAUUCUUAAGGCCAAAGUAUACUUCGGUUGUCCGUGUGCCGCUACAUCUUGCGCACAGUGUGCAUAAACUAAAUUUCGUUAUGCACAAUGUCCACGUGCAGCCCAAUAUUUAUAGGAGAGCAGACAGUCCACUUCAAUGCGUGUUGUCUGCACAUGCGCCAGAAGAGUAUCAAAAAGCAGUCGUAGUGCUCUUGCGUCUGUACAAAGUCACAGUCAAAAAAGUGUGCUUUGAAAGGCUAAGCGCCAGCCUGUGCGCGAGACGGAACGGUACACGGAAAAACUCAGUAUACCCUAGCCUUUAGUUGUGUUGAUCAUUGAAAUUGCAGACUGGGCAAACAAGGAGUUCGUAAAAAUCGAAUCGUAGAACAACAUAAGCCAUGCCUAGCGUUCAGCACCACCAAGACCUUUUUCUUUCCUUUAAAAACAAACAAACAAACAAACAAACAAGGAAAACCUUAAAAACUCGAAUGUAUUUUCAUAUUAGCCUUUAAAAUCGGGUGGAGGGACGUAAGUUUAGUACGUUUAGUUCAAUAUUAGCCUUAAAGCAGACACAUAGAUCUGUGUUUUCAUUCAAUUGUGUAGCAACAAAAUCAUCUGUCGUACGCCAUGGGGAUCAUCUUACGAAUGUGUAGACUGUUAUGCGACGCUACUAGCUGUUGUUUUUCAAAUUUGCGCUUUGGAUAAUUUAGCGCGGUCAUGAUGUUAGCGGGCAAUUUCAUCUAUGUUGGGGCCACAAUCAUGACCAAAGUGUUCGUUCGGCCGUUUCGAAGAAUCUCGGUGUUAAACAUUUGUGUUAAUGUUGAAUCGUAUAUACAUGUGCGCUGGUUGACCUGUGACUGACAAAUCCCUCAGCCAAUAACACUGUUCAUUCUCUGUGCCUAUUAGAGCUCUUUAUUUUGACUCCUCCCACAAUCUGCGCUCUCAUUGGCAGAUACCCAUGUUAUGAUUUGAGUCUGCAGACGCUGUUAUAUAAAUACUCUGGUGUGCAUUUGAUAUGUGAUUAUUAUAUCGUUUUAUUAGUGUAUUUACAUGUAUUAGUUUUUCUUUUUUGACUAUGUACAAAUUUACCAGACAUAUUUAUUUAUAAUGCUGAAGAGUAAUUCAUUUUCAUUCUUUUUUUUAUUUUUUUAUACAUUUUCGACAUUUUUUUAAGAAAAAAAAAAGAUCCCUUCAUCAGAGAGAUGAGGGGGUUUUCCCGCCACUAUCUGUGAAAGAUUCAGCAGUCGGGACCCACGAACAUGUGAUCGCAUAAAAUCCCAGGAGGUGUACACCUGUCAUCUUAUGUUCCCAGCAUAGGGAGUACAUUCAAAUUACAUUGUAUUUAUUAAAUAUUGUUUUAACAAAUAAACUUGACUCCUCCUGUA